GCGAUGGUGAGAGCAGGAGUCCAGGUCACAGACAAGAAAGAUGUGCUAGCACUGGAAAACAAGGGACGUGCCCACACUGCUCAAAGAGAAUCUGAGGUCACCAUCAUUUCAUCUAACGUCCUGAGCUACGAGGAGUGUAACUCAGACCUGCAGGUGCUCACUCCAGGCUGUGAUGAUGAAGCAGCCGGUGCUGCAGUGUCACGGCCUCUGCUGGUCAGACAGCUGCUGGUGUGUCGUGGCCUGACUGUGCUGUUCAUGGUGCUCAUCCUUGCAGCUGGGAUAUUCACCAGCAAAAUGCUUCUCAAGCUGCUCAGAUGACAGACCCUAUACUGACUGCUGGUUGUCUCACAGCUGUGUGGCAUCAUUUUGUGACACAGCAGACAAAGUCAUGCGUUAAAAACAGGCUCAAUUUAUUCUCCCAGAGUCAGCAAAGUAAUAUAUUAUUUCUUUAUGAUC